UAUCAUUGAACAACUUUAUACCUUAGCAACAAGGUUGUGCAGUUUCAAAAAUUUCGCUAUGCCAGAGGCAACACAAAUGAAGAUUGAAGAGAAUACGGUUGUGUUCAACCAAACUAAAAGAGAAGCCUUUAAUCUGAGUCAGCACUUUACUGAAAUAUCCAAGUAUCUUAAGUCCUCUUGGAAAGUUGUUGUAAAUAAAGAUGAUAUUACAUAUGAACAUCUCAGCAUUGUCAAAUUAUUCAUAAUUGCUGGGGCAACUGAGAAGUUUAGUGCUGCAGAGUUUGAUUCUAUUAGAAAAUACCUUGAGACUGGUGGGUCUUUGCUAGUUCUUAUGGGUGAGAAUGGUGAGACAAAUUAUACUACAAACAUAAACUUUUUGCUGGAGCAGUUUGGAAUCAUGGUCAACAGUGAUACUGUCCUCCGAACAUCAUAUUUUAAAUAUUAUCAUCCUAAGGAAGCACUGAUCCCGAACGGAAUACUAAACAGAGCAAUAGCGGAAGUAUCUGGGAAGCUGUUUAUAACGGCCACGCGAAUGGAUGUAUCAUACAAACAGGCAUUACAAUUUUUAUAUCCUUAUGGAGCUACCCUGAAUGUUGCCAAACCUGCAGUUGCUCUGUUGUCAACAGGAAGUGUUGCGUUUCCACUUAAUAGACCUGUUUGUGCUGUUUAUAAAUUCCCUUCACCUAAUGGUGGAACCUUAGCUGUUGUUGGGAGUGCAGCCAUGUUUUCUGAUCUAUAUAUAAACAAAGAAGACAAUUUUAAGAUAUUUGAGUUUUUGUUCAAAUAUCUUACAGAAGAAUCCAUCACACUAAACUCUAUAGAUGCUGGAGAACCAGAAAUUGAAACAUACUACCAAGUUCCUGAUAUUAUAAGCCUAUCAAGUAACCUAAAGUCUUGCUUACAAGAAAGUGAUGAACUUCCACAGAGUGUCAACAAUUACUUCGAUCAGAGUUUGUUUUGUAUGAACACAAGACUCGUUCCAAAAGCCAUCCAGGCUUAUGAAAAACUCCGUGUGAAACAUGAACCUUUAAGCGUAAUUGCACCCCAGUUUGAAACUCCUCUACCUCCAUUGCAACCUGCAGUAUUUCCUCCUAAUUUUCGUGAACCUGGUCCACCACCAUUGGAAUUAUUCGACUUAGAUGAACAAUUUUCUACACCCAAAGCACGUUUAGCUCAAGUAACAAAUAAAUGUAAUGAAGACGAUCUAGAAUAUUACAUUCGUGAAUGUGGUGAUAUUUUGGGUGUAACACAGAAAUUAUCAACAGACAAAAUUUCAUCUCGUACCAUUUUAGAAGUUAUAUUUAAUGAAUUAGUAGAGUUUAAAAAGUUUAAUCAGUUUUAAACUCGUAGAUAAUUAAACGCCCCUCACACACACACAUACAUCGUCAUUCCACAUCAAUCCGGGUUUUUUUUUUCCCGUCACCAAUGUUGUUUGUUGGCUGGCGGCUGAUUGCACACACAAUUCUUCAAUGUCAUAUCUUCUCUAUUAUAUUAUUGUAAACGUGAAUGUGAUUUAUUUAUUAUUUAAAAGUACUUGCUGACAUGCCAAUCAUGAAAUGAAAUGAAAUGAAAAAAACAACAAUAAAUUUUGUCAAAUUCUAUUAGAAAAUUCAACAGUC